AAACCAUCUCAACACAUACAGAAGGACAGUUGACUCGACGCGGUGACAUCCUAACAGACGCGUAUAACUGUAACCGCAAAAUAAUAAUAUUAUUUACGUAAUAAAUAAUCUAAAAUUCAAAUAAUAAAUGUACAAAAAUAGAAAUUAUAAUUAAAACAAACAAAAAUGGAAAAUCUGAAGUGGAUGUUAUUUAGUGUAUUAUUAUGUUUGUAUGGAACUGAGGCUUACAAGAUUUUGGCUGUGUUUCCUCUACCAAGCAGGAGUCAUGGGAUACUUGGAGACAAUAUGAUCAAACACCUUUUGGAUGCUGGUCAUGAGGUGACAUAUGUUACACCAUAUUUAAAGGAAAAACCUCACCCAAAUCUUCACCAAGUCGAUGUCACAGACAACAGGAAAAUCAUGAACGAGAAUACAUUGGACAUCAAGAUGCUUAUGAAUGGAACUUUAUCCUUCGAAGACCCGGAUGUGCUGUUUGGAAUGAUGUUCGGGAUGACUGAAGCUACUAUGACUAACCCAAAUAUCCUAGAAUUAAUGAGGAAAGGAAAGUUUGAUGUCGUCAUCGCUGAGUACAUGUUCAUCGACCUGUACAGUGCAUUUGGACCAGUUUUCCAAUGUCCUCUCAUUUGGUUCUCAACCAUUGAGCCUCAUUGGAUGAUCCUGAACUUGGUUGAUGGUCCUCUGAACCCAGCCCACAGUGCAGACUACACUAGGCACCGAGUGGCUCCGUUCAGUUUCUAUGAAAGAGUAACCGAACUCUGGGAUCUUGUAGUUGCACUCUACAAAACCAGCCAUUCAUAUAACGAUAAAGUAAAAGGAGUCUACGAGAAGUCUGUAGUUCCGAUACUAAAGGAGAAAGGAAUACCAGUUCCCGAUUACGAUGAAGUCCGAUACAACGGUUCCUUGGUAUUGGGUAACAGCAACCCGGCUAUCGGUGAUCAAGUGCCGUUGCCGCAGAACUAUAAACAUAUUGGUGGAUACCAUAUUGAUAAGAAUGUCAAGCCUUUGCCAGAAAACUUGCAAAAAAUAAUGGACAGUGCCAAAAAUGGUGUCAUAUACUUCAGCUUAGGAUCGAACAUAAAAAGCAAAGAUUUGCCAGCGGAAACCAAAGAAGGAAUUCUGGAAAUAUUCAGAGGACUAAAGCAAACCGUACUUUGGAAAUUUGAGGAGGUUCUGCCUAAUACUCCCAAAAAUGUCCACAUCGUGCAGUGGGCCCCACAGCCUAGCAUAUUAGCUCAUCCAAACCUGGUGCUCUUCAUCACGCACGGUGGUCUUCUAUCACUGACUGAGACGGUCCAUUUUGGAGUCCCUGUCAUCGCCAUUCCAGUUUUUGCAGACCAGUUCCAAAAUGCCAAGAGAGUUGAAUCCAAGGGCUACGGCAAAGAAAUUACCCUGACAGAAAACUUACAUAAAGAUUUGAAACCAGCUAUUGACGAAGUUCUUGGAAACCCUCGUUACGCAGCCGCAGCGAAGGACUUAUCGAAAGCAUUCCAUCAUCGUCAGACAAAACCAAAGGAUGACAUUAACUUCUGGGUGGACCACGUUGUGAAGACCCGUGGAGCCCCUCAUCUGCGCUCCAUAGCGCUGCCCAUCCCCCUGUACCAGCGCUACUUCUUAGAUCUUCUAGCAUUAGUCUUCCUAAGCCUUGUAACCCUCAUUUUAAUUGUGAGAAGGAUUUUAUGCUCAUUAACAAAGAAAACGAAUACCAAAGUUAAGAAGAAUUAAUUUAUGAAUUGAAUCUGUGUGUCUGUGUUGUAUUUUUUAUCUGCUUUUUGUUAUUCAUAUUGUGUAUGGAUUAAAUAUUUUGUAAAUGAAAUGAAAACCUGAAACUUCAUAUCGAUGCCAACAUCGAUUAACAUUAAAGGAAAUACAAAUACUGAAGA